UCUGUCUCUGGCUGGGGGUCCCUGCACUCUCAAUGGGGGACACUGACUGAUUGUCUCGCUGACAUUUCCCCGGCCCUUUCAUCUGCUGACUUUGACAUUCAUUAGACAGGCUGAGAGUCUCGCAGCCCCUGCCACGCAGGUGGUCUCCCGAUGACUCCGGCAGUCUCUCCCUCUCCUCCGGUGCAGGCAGACGCUCUGGGCGGAUAAGGCAGCUGAGAGUGUCUCGUUCUACACGGAUUCUGGAUGUUUUCUCGCAAAAGAAGCUUCACCUUCGGUGCGUAUGGAGGAAAGCCAGAGGAGACAGACCUGUGUGCUGCAGACAACCCCACCAGACCAGCAGAAGCCAUGUCCCACCCGCCAGCCUCACGACAUAAGUCCGCUGACUUGUUUGAAAUGAUAGAGAAAAUGCAGUGCAGCCGCCUGGAAGACCAGCGCUGUGUUCUGCCGUCCCCUCUGAAGAGAAAGGGCGAAGACACGGAACACCCCGACAUCCAUGAGGUAUUAAGAAGAGGCCGCCCCCUUCCUCUCCUGAUUGUGCCCCCGCUUGGUGGAUACUGGAUAGAGGGUGUCAGUCACACCCUGCCUUCCCCGGAGUCUGAUAUCACGGCUCCAUACGACAGAUUGCGAAUUCUCCAGUCUGACCCCACAGCGCGAGUCUACAGAAAGCACUUCUUAGGCAAGGAGCACUCCAACUUCAGCGCCCAGGACCCCCGACUGGGAGCUGUUAUCUUGUCCGCGAAGCUGGAGCAGAAAGCGGAGAGACUGCGGCUGAUACUCAGAACCAAGUCUGGUACCAAACAUCAGAUGGUCGACACAUCAAGCUUCAGUAAUUUCCCCUCCGCAGUACAGAUGGCGCAGAUGUUAUGUGAGGAAUUAUCUAUGGAGCGGUUCUUCCCCGUCCUCUACAUGAAGGCCUCCCAGCUGCUGGUGACCUUCGAUGAGCACGUCUUGACCAACAACUUCAAAUUCGGAGUCAUCUACCAGAAACCAGGACAGGUGACCGAGUCAGAGCUGUUCAGCAAUACAGAGGAGACUUUGGGGUUCACAGAAUUUCUGGAUUUCCUGGGAGAACGAAUCGACCUUCAGAACUUUAAAGGGUUCCGUGGGGGUCUGGAUGUUUCCCAAGGUCAGACAGGAUCAGAAUCUGUAUAUACCACGUUCCGGGGCCAUGAGAUCAUGUUCCAUGUCUCAACCAAGCUCCCCUAUACACCAGGGGACACGCAGCAGCUGCAGAGGAAACGUCACAUUGGGAAUGACAUAGUGUCCCUCGUGUACCAGGAUGCUGGGUCCGUAUUCUCACCCGACAUUGUCACCUCUCACUUCCUGCACUGCUUUAUUGUGGUCCAGUCCUGCCGGAGCCACAGCGGCAAUACCCUGUACAAGGUCUCGGUCACUGCCCGUGAUGAUGUCCCUGGGUUUGGACCGGCUCUUCCCAGCCCUGCAGUGUUUCAAAAGAACCAACACUUCCGAGAACUCUUACUCACCAAGCUGAUUAAUGCAGAGGUCAGCUGCUACCGAGCCGAGAGGUUCUCCAAGCUGCAGGAGCGCACACGUAGCUGUCUCAUCGACACUCUGUAUGACGAGCUCUUCCUACUCAGUCAGAGCGUCCUGGGGACCCUGGAUGAGACAGCGGGAGACAAGCUGGACAACCCAGCCAGUGGCUUCCUGGAGAACUUCAAGACUUUCUCUCUCUCACUGCGGAGUCCCCAGAGGUCACGUGAGGCUCUCUCUCGGGGCUGCAGAAGUAGCAGCAUCGCAAUAGAGAGUGUCUCUGAAGAGAAGAGGCAUCUGGCAAAUCAGACAUCAGAAUUCUGUAGGAGACCGUUGCCGUCAUAUUCCUCAUCCAAUAGCAGCAGCUUCUGCAGCGCACAAGGCAGCGAGAGUUCCCCGGAAGACAAGAUAACGGUGACACAAUGCAGUCAUUAUACAUCUGAUAACGUCUUGAAAUGAAGUUCUGACGUCUCCGUGAAUGUGAUCUGAGCUGGUCGUGUACAGAAGAAACCGCCUAAUCCCCUGGGACAAAUAAUGUAUCAUAUCACCAAUCAGAACGCAGUGUAGCCCCCUCUGUGACACGCCGUAAGCUGCGAUAAAACAUUCUACAUCCAUUUACACCUGUAGCUGCCUGCAGAGUCCGUUCACUGCACUGGUUCUGAACAACACUCGGGGGCGUACAUCUCACUAUGGGGGGCAUUCAUCAAAAAUCGCAUUUCCAAUGCAACCUGGAGGCAAUAUUAGUGCCCAAGAUCGCAUUGCAGGAUUACCAGUGCCGUGUAUAAUUUUACAUAAGCCAGUGUGUAUCGUUCCAGCUUGUAAAGACGGCAGCCCGAGCUCUCGCUUCCCGUUCCGGUACUGUAAGCUGGGUGCACACCUGUACAAUCAUAUGUUCCGUGUCAAUUUACUAAUGGUUGGAAGUCCCGAUCACAGCGCAGAUUCUUGCGUACACUCCUUUAUAAUCUUUCGAUCCACGAGACUCAUCUGUCUGAAAUAUCUGCUGAGAAGACACAAAGGCGACGCAGCUGCUGGAGAAGCGUCGGACAGGACGGUCGGCAGUGAGUACACAUUUCAUUAUCGCACCAUCGCAGCCGAUUAUAAAACCCGAUCUUCAGGUGCAACCUGUUUUCUCCCGAUACAACAUGACGGAAGGUGCGACACUCUUUGGAGAUCACAUGAACAGGUCGGGAAGCAAAAGAACCAUCGCACAGGUGUGUACCCGGCGUAAUUCUAUCACAGAGCAGCAGGGGCGCUGUGGGAGGAGAUAAGGAGGUUUACUGGACAGAGAUAUUGUGUCCAGCCCGCCUCCUCCGGAACCUUCCCUGGUAACGGCCCCUCAUCAGCCCCAGCGCCACACUGAACUCAUCGCAAAGCCCCUGUCCCUGCGGUGGGGUAAAAUAAUAAAUCUUUACGUAAGAAUCGGUUCCUGCAAUGCGAUUCCGGGCUCCAAUAUCAAUUCUUGAUAAAUAGGCCAUUAUUUCACGCUCUCAUUAGAACGGUCUGUUGUUGAUACUAAUAGUCUGUGACCUGAAGGCGUCAGCGUGAUUUCAGUGAGUCUGCGCGAUGUUUUAGAGUGGCAGUCAUUUAGGUUUUUCCUAUUAAAUGGACGUCACUUUAAUUGUGCUGGCUCGCCGGAAUCGCGCCAGGCGGUUAUAUUUCUCUUAGGGGCCCAUUUAUCAAUAAUCUCAUGUGCACCGUGAUCUCGAUGCAAUAUUAAUGGCCAAAAUCACAAUGCAAUAUGCAUCUAUACCGGCACUGUAUAUCUAGGAGCACCCGCAGUGACAGGGGCCCCCCGAAAGAAGCCCCUCCCUGCAAUGUGCUUAGAGUGGAACUGGGACCUGUGUGGGCCCCGCUGAUCACGCAUGCACGGGAGCCACUGCUGGGACGGCUAAUAAUGCAAAGUAUAGCAGAGGCUACCGAGGGAUACCGCCAUCUUCAGAUGACGUUAGCUGCAAGGGUCAAUCAAGUAAACCUGGCAUAGAAACCUAUUGGGGAUGCGGCUGCAGUCGGGAAUAGAGGGAUCGUAGCAGGUAUCGGAGAUAUCUGCUGCGACGACUUACCUGUAGUCAUACAUUUGGGGGACACUAAUAUCAGUCAUACAUUUGGGGAUACUAUACUUACUCAUACAUUUGAGGGAUACUAAAUAUUUUCGGGGAAUAAGCUGCAAAUAGUUAAUGAUAAAUGUGCCCCUUUGCCAGUCUCUUUUUCCUAUUAGAAUUUAUGGAUUAAACAUACACUACACCCUUCCAUAUCUUUGUCUGCUCACCGCACACACUGUGUAAGACUCUCUCCCGCUAGUGUGUAUGUAGUCGUUAUGUCUGCCGGUAACAUACAGUAGAAUGGCCUUUGAGUGUCGGACAUCUAAUCACUUAUCGCUGCGGCUCACGACAGAGAUUUUAUUACACAGUACAGCACAAUCUCCCCGUGGGCACAGCGUGGUGCCAGGGAUGAGCCGGGCACGGAACAUCACGUGAUGCUGUGCUUACUGUAUAUGGAGGACUGCUGUGCUCUGUAGUGCAUUGUGCUCCCAGCAGAUACAAAAUAUACACACAGCACUCCUCCGAGCUGAAAGACCAAGCCGGACGUCAGUGGGCACAAAUCAGGCCGCACACACGCUCAGAACAGCAUAGGGAUGGCUAUGUAUUGCCAGGCACCCACCUAUAGGAUAAUAAUUCAGGACGCUAAGUAGGACUUUUGGGGAGAAGAUGUUCCGUCUCCUUGGUACUAGAACAUUUGUCUUUCCCAGUAGAUUGAUCAUUAAUCUCUCAUCUCCGUUUAUCUGACUUGUUAAUGUUAAAUGUUAUUUUAAAAGCAAUAAAAUAUUCCCAACCAAA